AUGUACCUCAAGAAGCACAGCCUCCCGCUUGCUCCUAUUAAGAGGAUUAUGAAAGCGGAUAACGAUAUUAGGAUGAUCGCGCAGGAAGCUAAUUUACCGUUAUUUGCUAAACCAUGUGAGAUGUUCAUAGUUGAUAUGACAUCACAAGCCUGGAUUGUCACAGAAGAGGACAAGAGAAGGACUGUCCAGAAAAAUGAUAUCGUUGAAGCAGUUUUGAAAACAAAUAUGUUUGAUUUUCUUGACAACAUAAUUCCAAGACAUGAAUUGAAGGAAAGAAUUCUCAAAGCCAAAAAUGCGAGACAACGGGCAAGUUCAUCUACUGAUAGUGGAACUCAUGGCAACAAUGCAUCAAAUGUGACAGGAGCAGUUGUUCAGCAACCCCCACCGUUUGUCCCUGGCCACAAGCCCAGCAGCAUCUAUACAUUUGAUAUUCUCGAACACGUGAUUCCAAGAGAUGAAUCGAUGAAACAAAUUCUAGGGGCCACAAACAAUGGACAACAGGCGAGCUCAUCUGCUGCAACCUCGUCCAAUUAUGCCUUUGGUAUCAGCGAUGGCCAAAGAUCCAGAAACUCUUUAUGCCUGCCAGUUCCUCAGACUCAUUACGAGCAGAGUCCAGAGCAGCAGCCGCCUCAAGCUGAGAAACAGUCCGACCAGCCUAACGACGAGGAGCUAGAGGAAAACUGA